AUGCACUCCUUUCUGACGAGGCCCUUGCUAAUGUCCCUUUUCUUGUUUUGGGAAACAAGAUCGAUAUACCAUAUGCUGCCUCGGAAGAUGAGUUGCGAUACCAUCUUGGCCUGACCAACUUUACUACUGGCAAAGGGAAGGAAUCUCCCCCUUUGAAUUUCAUGGAAUUGAGCUGAAUGAAAUGGUCAAAUGAGACUGAGGUUGCAGAUACUCAGGAUUCUCUGCGGUCUCCAAAGGUUGGCCAGGCAGGUGAAUCAAGGUAGAGCUUGUCAAACUACCUCAAGGCUCAAUCCCCAAGUUCGGUUUGACCCUUGAGACGAAAUGGUAAAGAAUUAGUGUAAGUUAAGGGUUCAAUCUUUCUUUUCACCAGACGAACGGGCCAACAUGCUAUCAGACGUAAAUUGAUACUCCAUUUUUUGUUGUCCAAGAAUCACGUUAAUUUUAAUCCAACCGUGACACGUUUAGAUAUUUUCCUUUUUUUUUUGUGGGUCAAAGAUAUUUAUGUCCUGGUAAGAGGCUGAUAUUGUUCAUAAUGACGCCAAGCUUCUUGAAUCUCGACCACAAUUAAAAGUCCUUGGUGUCAUCCCUUAAAAGCGCACAGCCACAAAACGUUGUUCAUCAUAUCAUUGCUGUCUGUGGCACGUACUCGUGUUGUGGAAUCCUUAAUCAUCCGCCACAAACAUCAAAUCGGUAUGUCUACUGUUGUGGUCGUACUAAUAUACCCACCUCCAACGCCAUAAAAUCAAGCAAGACAAAAGUAUCCAAACAACCUUCCACCAUAGGAAAUUUAAGGGCAACCCGACAUCAACCCACCCCUUCAAACUACAGUAAGAUGUCUAUGAGGACUCAGCGUCACGGCCACGCCCAAACCCAACACCAACUGGACAUAAAAUGAUCCGCGUUUUUGACACUGUCAUCAAAAUAUCAGUCCUAACCUGUUCUCUAGUCUUCCAUUUUGACCCUUUUUUUUUUUCUUCCAACUUCAAAAGCUAUUUAAACCAAAAACCUUCACUCCCCCCAGCUCUCAUAAUUCCCAUCAGCCAUAGCCCAUAAUCCUCGCACCCCCUCCUCUCUCUCUCUCUGACUACCCAAAAUGGGAAACUAUGCUUCUUGCUACUUUCCUAGUUUAUCAAAAUCUGAAAAAGCCAAACUCUUUGAUGCUCAUGGUAAUUACCUCCAGCAAGUCAAGCUCCCUGUUAAGGCCGCGGAGCUCAUGCUGGAACACCCCGGCCACGCCAUUGUUCCGGUGGAGGAGCUACGUCGAACUCGGUGCAUAUCAGCAAUCCGGGCCGACGACGGGCUACUGGGGGGUAAGGUUUACUUUCUGGUACCCUCAGGUAGGGUUCACUGUAGGAUUUCCGAGUUAGAGAUGAUGAUCAUAGAGUUAGCUUGUAAGAAGAAAGCGAGAAAAUUGAAGCCAAGUGGUUCCAAGGUUUCACCGGCUAUGAAGAUGGAGUCGAAGGAGGUGGGAGGAGAAGGUGAGGGUGAGGUUUUGGGAGGGGAGGCUUCUGGCCUUCCUGGUCACCAUCUGGGGAACCAUAGGCGAUGGAGUCCUGCUUUGGAGCCCAUUUACGAGGCUUUUUGAGAAACAGAAACUGCCUCUCUUGGUUGUUAUUCAUUCCCCUUACUUAUCUACUGGAUGGAAAAACCAGAAUAUGUAGUUAGAUAUUAAAUUUUGAAGUAUUUUCUUCAACUACUAUUGUUUGAGUUGAAGACAAUCGAUGCUCAGAAGGAUGCGAUCGAUGCUUCCAAGUUACUGAACAAAUUAAACGAACAGAAUUAUGAUCUGAUCAAUAUAUGGUAGAUCAACAGAGUUAUUGCAUAUCGUCGAGGAUAUCCACGGCCACCGCUUACAUAGAGACUUCAUACUUGACAGUGAAGUAGCCUUGUUGUUUUGACCCAAAAAUGAAAUUAUGAGAAAGAAGCUUCAUUUUUCUA